CAUAGAUGUGUUGCAGGAUAUACAUUGAAUGGACAAAAGCUAGUUGAAUUUUCUGCAUCUAGGGAUGGCGACAGAGUGCCAGGUCAAAAGCUUCGAGUUAAAACUGCUGCGCUUUGGGUUCGUAUAGACUUCAAAUCAUCUAUCCCGAACAAAGUUCGACGUUUAGUAGGAGAUAAAAACUUAACAUUAUGGGUAUUUCAAAUCAAUCGAUCUGGAUUCAAUUCCACCCACCUUAGCUGCAAGGAGUUUGAUGAACAGACCCAAAUGAGUGCUUCAUUAUCAAUCAAGAUGUCUCAGCUUGGUUGGCAGAAACUUGAUGUAACUGGAACGGUUCGAAAAUGGUAUUCUGAGGGAGAAACAAGCAAGCUUCGUUUGUUAAUAGAUUGCUCUGGUUGCAGUGAUUUUGUAAAAGUGUAUUUGUUUAAAGAUUAUGGAGAGAAAACAGUAGAAACUGGAACAACAGGACAUAAUAGCCCUGUUGUUGUAGAUCCUAAUAGACCAUUUUUGAUAAUCCACACAGACCCAGAAGUGGGUAAACGAGUUAGGAGGAGAGCAUUAGACUGUUCUGGUGCCUUGAAAGGACAGUGUUGUAAGCAGCGUUUUUAUGUUAGUUUUCAAGCUCUAGGAUGGGAUGACUGGAUAAUAGCUCCUCAUGGCUACUUUGCUAAUUAUUGCCGAGGAGAUUGUGGUGGAACACAUCGCACUCCAGAUACUUAUUUAAAUUAUUAUACUCAUGUAAUUGAGGAAUAUAGAAAAAUGGAUAAGUUUAGUGGUAUGCAACCGUGUUGUGCACCUUUGAAAUUUUCGAGUAUGUCACUUAUUUAUUUUGGACCAGACUCUAAUAUUAUUAAGCGUGAUUUACCAAAAAUGGUUGUUGAUGAAUGUGGUUGCCCUUAGUGUAUUCAAAUAAAACAAUAUUGAAUC